AUGUCACCCCGCGGAGACCCUUCUAGAAGGCUCGACCAGGAGCUGAAGCUAAUGGGCAACUCACUGCGGCGGUGGCUGGUCCGCAUUGGGGUGCUGGACGAGGGCAAGAUGAAGCUGGAUUACAUCCUGGGCCCGAAGAUCGAAGACUAUCUGGAGAGGCGCCUGCAGACCCAGGUCUUCAAGCUGGGCCUGGCCAAGUCCAUCCACCAUGCCCGAGUGCUGAUCAGGCAGCGCCACAUCAGGGCCCGCCAGCAGGUGGUGAACAUCCCAUCCUUCAUCGUCUGCCUGGACUCCCAGAAACACAUCCACUUCUCCCUCCGCUCACCUUCUGGAGGAGGACGCCCAGGCCACAUGAAGAGGAAGAACACCAAGAAGUCCAGGGCGGGGCUGGAGCUGGUGAGGUGA